UUCCGAAUUAAAUCUAAUUUCUCAAAAAAAAAAAAGAAUAAAAUUCGAAGGUUAUAUAUACACCCCCAUACUAAGAACAACUUGUUAUGUAACCAGUUACUUAAUCAAACUUAGCUUUUUCUGAGACUUUUGAUUCCUCUUCGGAGGCGGCGACGGCGAUGGCGAUCGCGGCGACGGAGCAGGAGCUUCACGUACUGGCGGUGGACGAUAGCUCCGUCGAUCUCGCGGUGAUCGCGAAGCUUCUCCGGAGAUCGAAAUACAGAGUGACUACUGUGAAUAGCCCGAGAAGAGCAUUGGAUCUCCUUGGCUUGGAUCCGAAUGUUCACAUGAUAAUUACGGAUUAUUGGAUGCCUGAGAUGACUGGGUAUGAGCUCCUCAAAAGGGUCAAGCAGGAAUCCUCAGAGCUUAAGGAAAUACCAGUGGUGAUAAUGUCCUCCGAGAACGUCCCCAGUAGAAUCAACAUGUGUUUAAAGGAAGGGGCCAACGAUUUCCUGAUCAAGCCCGUUCAGCCGUCCGAUGUAUCGAAGCUGCGUAGCCGGGUGAUGCGACGAUAGCCGUCCGAUGAUCGGACCCUCUAUCGGCUUGUACUCUGCUUUCUCCUUUUGAUUUGUUGUCACUUUUUCUAAGAAUAGUGAGAUUAGAAAGAUUAGAUGAAAAAAGGGUAGUGCUCACUCUU